AUGGUUUCUGAAAUAACUGAUUAUAGAAUUUCUAGGGUUGUCAUACUUUGUAAAGAUUGUGGCCAAGAUGUUGGUUUUUACCCUGCUCGUCAUAAAUGUGGUCAAACACAUUUAGAUGCACCGCCUUUACCCUCUAUUCCUAAAAAAUAUACAUCGGGGAAAGCACAAACUUCAACACUAUGGAAUAAAUUUUUAAAUGCUACAAUAUACACCAACAAUAAUGAAGAUUCUGAUAAUGAAUCUGAAAAAGAUGGUCAUGAAAGCGAAACUCAUAUUUCACGUAUUUUGAGAGAAUAUUAUGAGAAAAAGUCUGGAAUCUAG